AUGUAUCAGAAUAUCCAUAUGGUUGUUAGCGGUAACGAAAAUAGCUAUAAAGAUAGAUUGCGAUUAAUACAAACAUUAGUUAAAUCAAAUAAUGGACAAGAUAGAGAUAUUAAAGGCGAUAGGAAACACUAUAAGAAAUUAUUAACGACAGAGGGAAAAGCGCAUAUGUUAUUAAUACGUAUUGAAGAUAGCAAUCCAAAUGAAGAACUUUCACGUUGGAUGGAUACAUUAAUUUACGUUUAUAAUACCCGUGAUCGCCAUGGAUUAACUAAAUUAAUCGAAUAUAUCAAUCAAAUUCACACAUAUUUGAAUCAAAGCAAUACAGCUAAUGAACAAAACCAUCCUAGCAUACCUGUAGUGCUAAUUGGAAUUAUUGAUUCACUGGAAACCUCAUCGUCAUCAUCACCACACUCAACGCGAAUAAUUGAUGAAAUUUCUAUUAAAAAAAUAAUUGACGAAAUAAGUCAAUGCUCUCAUUAUGAAGUCAAAGCUACAUCAACACAGCAAGUUGAAAAAUUAUUAAUUGACGGUUAUAUCAGUAGAUAA